CUCCGCGGACACCUCCUCCACGCCGACGGGGGGCAGUGUGGCUCUUUAGGAGAAGAAAACCUCCUUCCUCUCUCCUUCUAAAGGAGAGAUGUUCAUGUUUUGACUGUGAGGGGAAGAUUUUGCUGAUUACACAAUCGUGUUUCUUUUUUUAAUUUGAGAAAUGUUGGCGUUGAACUCUUUGCGGAUUACGUGCUCGUCCAGGGCUUGGCUGACGACAGGAAGACAGACUGUUUACAAAGCUGUUACAUGUUCAGGGCACUGCAUGUCCAUCAGCCCCACCAAGGAGGACACAUGGCAAAGCAACAUGAACUUUGUAGCAGUGGGGAAGGGUAGACUACCCAAACCUGUUGGUUCAUACAGGACUUACUGCACAGGUCAAGUUAGUCUGAACUGCUGGAAGUGCGAUGAGCCUCUUUACAAAUCACCUGCAUUCUUCUGUAUGUCAUGCAAAGUAGUCCAGCCCGCUGAAGCAGGCACUUCCUUCUUUAAAAUCAUGGACUGUGACUACACAUUCACACUGGACACACAAAAGCUGCAGAGGAGAUACUUGCAGCUCCAGAGGUCUCUCCAUCCAGACAACUUCAGCCAGAAAUCUGUGAAAGAACAGGAGUACUCAGAAAGCCAGUCGGCUCUUGUGAACAAAGCAUACAAGACUCUGCUUAAGCCUUUGAGUCGUGGUCUUUAUAUGCUGGAGCUGCAGGGGAUGCGUAUAGAGGAGGGCACGGACUCUGGGGCCGACUCAGAGUUUCUGAUGGAGCUGAUGGAAAUUAAUGAAGCCGUUGAUGAAGCGCAGAGUCCAGAAGAAGCCAACAAGAUUGGCCAAGACAUGAAAGAGAAACUGGCAGAGUUGACAGGGAAGAUAGACGCUGCCCUCCUUAAAGGAGAGCUUCAGGCUGCCAAAGCACUGCUCGCCCAAAUGAAAUACUAUGCAAACAUAGACGAGAAAGUGAAGGAAAAACUUUCUGACUUCAUGUAAUUAUUCACCAGUGCAGUGUCACUUUAUUGGAUCAUUUUAACAACUUCUACAAAGUUUUGCACAGAGGAACAAAUUAUUUCACAUUUGUAUUUAAAUUAUGUUAAUGUAUUGUUCAAGUGGAAUAAUAAAAGUUUCCUUGUAAUCCAUUAUA